ACUCAAACGUCCAUCGAUAUCUUUUCAAGAGUAGUCUUGCACAUCUCUAGACUUGUGAGCCAGGCUUUGGGCGUUGUUUUCGUUGCUGUAAAGUAGUAGGAAUUUAUGAAUAAAACAGACUUAUUAGAUCUGAAUGGGACUUAUGCCAACAUUCCGGAGCGGAAACAGUGUGCAAAUGAGCAGAAAGUAUUGAGUGGAACCCUUGAAGUACCACCACAUCCAUAAAAGCUAUGUCAACAAUCGAAGAGGAGCGCAAGGCGUACGAAAAGAAUCCCUAUUUCACCGGGCAUAUUUACGGCAACUUCUCGCCGUUUUAUGUGACCAUUGCCAUUUGCACAGUUGUUCUCGGCUCUAUUAUCAUAUUGAACAUUAUCCUUGGCUGCUGCUCCAAGCAUCGCAAGUACUGGCAGGACAGGCAUACCGGAAACCGUUGGCUAGUUUCCAUUUGGUCCGCCACACCGCACAAGCAGCCGCCUCUGGACUUUACCGAGCUUAAAGAAGCUUCAUACUUUCAGCGUUUCCAUCCCACCACCCACCAGCAGGUGUUCCCCGACGACGUCGUUAUUGGCGUUGACGACUUGGAGCCCGUUCAUCAGCAUCAGCGUCCGCCACGCCCCGAGGGCCGCACCCUACAUCAGCAGCGUCAACGCGAAGAAUACGUAGAGUUGCAGAAGCGCGAGAGCGAUAUUUAAUUAGAAAUGGCUCUCUACUUCCUUUAUCCUGCCGUGGCCGCCUUGGCUCUGUUCAUAGUCGGAGUGAUCAUCAUCAUGCUGCGCUACGGUCCGCGCUUGUGCGGCCUACGCCACCAUGCUCUGCCGGACAAUGACGACCUGCGGGAGAAGACGUACGAGCACGAGAUCAGCUAUGCCUAAUUUUUCAUUUAUACAUUCCGGCAAUGUAGUAAAUUGCUUCUCAAUAUCAAUCCCCGCUAACCCCCUAGAGUCUGUAAGCACCUACUAACCAUCUGCACCCAUGGAUAAUCAAUUCGCAAGCAGUACAAAUAGCCCUUUUCAUUUUCGAAUAUAUAUUGAAACCGAUGUGCCUUCCCGAGAAAUAUAUAUGCCGUCCAAGUGUCUUAGUAUUAUAAGAUCCGACUGUAAUUAAAUGUUUGUUACCCGCUUGGGUAUUUUAUGUAAUCUGCAUUUAAUCUGAAAGUCCAAUAUUUGUAUCUCCUUCCGUAUCAGUAAAAUGCAAACCAUAUACAUUUGUAUUCGUUUCGAUUUAAAUUAUAUUUUUCCUUUUUAACAAUUUUGAAUAAAGCUCAAAUUUAUAACCCCGAA